GCCUAGUCCUGCUCUCAACAACUGCUUACAGCUCGGUUAUGAAAAGACGAGCUUUUGAUUCACAAUAACAGUAAAGACUCGCAGCUUCACUUGAAUAGCUACUGUAUCGCAUUCUGUCUCAUUGAUAUUUCCCGAAGUGACCGCGGUUUACAGCGCUGCUCGUGCACUUGAGCUUUUUGUGCUUUUCACGGAAGAAUCCCAACUGACAGAUUUAACGAUGACAACAUCAUGGAGUGAUCGACUUCAGGACUAUGCAGACCUCCCGGCAAACAUGGAUGGCCUGGCGAUGAAGAAAUACAGAAGAGAGGCCUAUCAUAGAGUGUUUGUGAACAGAAGUCUGGCCAUGGAAAAGAUUAAAUGCUUUGGCUUUGACAUGGAUUACACUUUAGCAGUAUAUAAAUCACCUGAAUACGAGUCUUUGGGCUUUGAUCUGACUGUGGAGCGACUGGUGUCCAUUGGCUACCCACAGGAACUUCUUGGGUUUGUUUAUGAUCCGACUUUCCCUACAAGAGGCCUGGUGUUUGACAACAUGUAUGGCAACCUCCUGAAGGUGGAUGCUUACGGAAACAUCCUGGUCUGUGUUCACGGCUUUAACUUUUUGCGAGGGCCUGACAUCCGAGAGCUCUACCCCAACAAGUUUAUCCAGCGCGAUGACACAGAACGCUUCUACAUCCUUAACACGCUCUUUAACCUUCCAGAAACAUACCUCUUAGCCUGCCUGGUUGACUUCUUCUCAAACUGUGACCGAUAUUCCAGGGGGAGAGAGCUUUCCUGUUUGGCUCGGACAACCUCAAACAAGGGAAGACUCUGUGAAACGGGCUUUAAAGAUGGAGACCUCUUCAUGUCUUUCAAGAGCAUGUUCCAAGAUGUCCGAGAUGCAGUAGACUGGGUUCAUUUUAAGGGAACACUGAAGGAGAAAACGGUGGAAAAUCUGGAGAAGUACGUUGUGAAGGAUGCAAAGUUGCCAUUGCUGCUGAGUCGUAUGAAUGAAGUCUCCAAAGUCUUCUUAGCCACCAACAGUGACUACAAAUACACACAUAAAAUUAUGACAUACUUGUUUGACUUUCCCCAUGGCCCAAAGCAUGGCACUCCACAUCGUCCAUGGCAAUCGUACUUCGACCUCAUCCUAGUGGAUGCCCGAAAGCCUUUAUUUUUUGGAGAGGGAACGGUUCUGAGACAGGUGGAUACGACCACAGGGCGGCUGAAAAUAGGGACAUACACUGGACCUUUACAACAUGGCAUUGUAUACUCUGGAGGUUCCUCUGAUAUUGUGUGUGAUCUGCUCGGAGCAAAAGGAAAAGAUAUUCUGUACAUUGGGGAUCAUAUUUUUGGAGAUAUCCUGAAGUCCAAGAAGCGACAGGGUUGGCGAACGUUCCUGGUGAUUCCUGAAUUGGCUCAGGAGCUGCAUGUGUGGACUGAUAAAAGCUCUCUGUUCGAGGAACUUCAGGGUUUGGACAUUUUCUUGGCAGAACUAUACAAGCAUUUGGACAGCAGCAGCAAUGAGAGGCCAGAUAUCAGUGCCAUCCAGAGAAGAAUGAAGAAAGUAACACAUGACAUGGACAUGUGCUAUGGGAUGAUGGGAAGUCUGUUUCGCAGUGGUUCUCGGCAGACUCUGUUUGCAUCUCAGGUGAUGCGCUAUGCUGAUCUCUACGCUGCAUCAUUCAUCAACCUGCUCUACUACCCUUUCAGCUACCUGUUCAGAGCCGCUCAUGUGCUGAUGCCCCAUGAGUCCACAGUAGAACACGCUCAUGUAGACACCGAUACCGAGUCUCCUCUGGCCACGCGUAACCGCCACUGUGUGGACUGCAAAGACAUCGACUGCAAAAGAAACCAGCUCACGCGCUCCAUCAGCGAAAUCAAACCACCGCAUCUGUUCGCUCAACCGCCACAGGAAAUCACACACUGCCACGAUGAAGACGAUGAUGAAGAAGAGGAAGAGGAGGAGGAGUAGAUGGUUUUGAUCAUUUGAAGGGUAAAACACGUUGGAUGAUAAGGAGGAAAUGAGUUGAUGUAUGAAGCUGAAAACGAGUAUUUAAGUGCAGUUCACCCUAACUGACAGUUUCCUGUUAAAGAUGACUAAAGAAAUGAACAAAGGUUUGUUUAAAAGAACAUUGGAUGGGAAUCUCUUAUCGCUCACUAUGUAAUGUCAUGUGAUAAUCAUCCAGUGGAAGGGACACUUACUUUACUGUGAACUGAUGGUAAAACUUGGGAGUUUACAUUAGACAUUCAUGUUUGAUCAUACAUGCAGCAUAUUGGUGAAACCUUGCAUUAUUUUUUAUACAAAGACUCAGAAAAUCAGAGUCUUGAUAGGAUGAGUGUUAAAAUCUGUUUAAGUGUGAUACACAUGUUUUUAGGGAUGUUAUAGGAAUAUUUUACUAUAUAUUUUAUAGUUUUAGAGUAACUUCUGAAUAGCCAGUCCAUCCAGUCAGAAUAUCUUGGUUACUACCUCCUGCAAAGGCUGUAUCCAGUUUUGGAAUCCCAUUACUUUGGAAAAAGGAAAAAAAAGUGUGUGUAUGUUGGCAGAGUGUCUGUGUUGAAAUCCAGCACGUGUUGAGAAUCUGAAUGAAGCACAGAAAGAAAAAAAGCAUGGUUCAUUGAGACGUGUGUGAGUAAGUGCAGCCAACACAAGAAUCCAGUUACUUGGCAACAACAUGUAGCCGCUUUUUUUUUUUUUUUUUUGGUUUGUUGUUAACAUCUUGUUUUUAAUACAGACAUUUUAGCUAAUGCUACAGUAGUUGCUUGUCAUAUAAGGGAUCACACAUGCACAAAAAAAUGGUCUAAUCACAAACACACACAUCUAAUUUAGCCAAAAAAAAAAAACAUAAGUAAACACUAUGAUUUCACUUUGACUGUUUUUAUACUCUUGAAUAAGCUAAGCAGAACGCUCUAGUUUUGUCAUUACGUGCCAUUUAUAUCUGCCAGACUUAUAUCAGAUGCAAAAACUAUUCAACUAGUCAUCAUAUAUACUGUAAGUGACCUUGAUAUGCAAAAAAUAGAAACAAAAAAAUAAAAAAAACAAGUGAGGAGUUUGUUAUUACACAUCAGUCAUUGGGAGAAAAAGUAGAGUAGCAGCUGGGCAUUGUGAAAGGAAAGGGUUGAGAAUGAGUGCUGUUGCUCUGGUGACUGUUUCUAUGGAAUUUAGUGACUCAUGUUUGAACUCUGUUGACGGUUUACUCCCAUAUGGACCAAAACGGUGUGGAGUUGUUGUUUGAUUUAGCUUCAAGGGUCCUAUUAGACACUUUUUAGUGUCGCUUGUUAAAAAAUAAACAUUGUUAUUGAGCAUUACGGUAGUUAAUGGUUUAUAGAGAACACUGUUUGGCUUUGGGAAGCGUUCCAAGUGCAUGAAACAGGUAGAUUAGGAUGAUAGUGUGACUUUUAUAUGCAUUACUCAAAGAUAAUAGUACGUAGGAUCUAAAUGAAGCUACCUGAGCUGUAAUGCAACAUGUAAUACCUGUAUUCAUAUUAUAACUGUAUGUUAUUUUGGUUUUUUAGAGAA